UGGUAACUGGUUAGGGUUUAAGAUUAAGGGCUUUGUUCUUUGUUCCUUGUUCGUCUCAUCUGAUCUCAAAAUGUCACUUUGCCGCUUACUCCUCCGCUCCCUCCGUCGUUCCUCCACCGUCCAACCCAUCUCUGUUACUAUCUUCUCUCAAAGCCGUUCCUUCGCCUUUUCCUCAGCAGAAGAAGCCGCCGCCGAGCGUCGCCGCCGCAAGCGCCGACUCCGUAUCGAGCCUCCUCUGAACGCGAUUCGGCCUCCACCGCACCAGGCUCCUUCGCGUGACCCCAACGCUCCUCGCCUUCCGGACUCCACUUCGUCGUUGGUGGGACCUCGCCUGAGCCUCCACAACCGCGUCCAAUCCCUCAUCCGUGCCGGCGACCUCGAUGCGGCCUCCGCCAUCGCCCGCCACUCGGUGUUCUCUUCGACUCGACCCACGGUGUUCACGUGCAACGCCAUCAUCGCCGCCAUGUACCGCGCAAAGAGGUAUAACGAGGCAAUUGCUCUCUUCCACUUCUUCUUCAACCAAUCCAACAUUGUUCCCAAUAUUGUAUCUUACAAUAACGUGAUUAAUGCACAUUGCGAUGAGGGUCGUGUUGAUGUGGCUCUUGAGGUUUAUCGCCACGUCGUUGCCAAUGCGCCUUUCAGUCCAUCCCCUGUUACAUAUCGCCAUCUUACCAAAGGUUUGAUACAAUCCGGUCGCAUUGAUGAGGCCGUUGACCUCUUGCGUGAGAUGUUGAGUAAAGGCCACGGUGCUGAUUCCUUGGUUUAUAAUAAUCUCAUUUCCGGUUUUCUUAACUUGGAGAAUUUGGACAAGGCCAAUGAGCUCUUUGAUGAGCUCAAGGAGCGUUGUUUGGUUUAUGAUGGGGUUGUCAAUGCUACUUAUAUGGAAUGGUUCUUUAAUAAGGGCAGAGAUAAGGAAGCCAUGGACUCCUACAAGUCCCUCAUGGACAGGCAGUUUAGGAUGACCCCUGCUACUUGCAAUGUCUUGUUGGAGGUCUUGCUUAACCAUGGCAAGGAAGAACGGGCUUGGGCUUUAUUUGAUCAGAUGUUAGAUAACCACACCCCUCCCAAUUUUCAAGCUGUAAACUCUGAUACAUUCAAUAUAAUGGUCAAUGAGUGCUUUAAGCUUGGCAAGUUCGCAGAAGCACUUGCAACUUUUAAGAAGGCCGGAACUAAGCCAAAUUCUAAGCCUUUUGCAAUGGAUGUUGCUGGCUACAAUAAUAUCAUUUCUAGGUUUUGUGAGAAUGGGAUGCUAUCCGAAGCAGAAACACUAUUCGAAGAACUGUGCUCAAAAUCUUUGAGCCCGGAUGUGCCAACUCAUAGGACUUUGAUUGAUGCCUACUUGAAAAUGGAGAGGAUCGAUGAUGCUUUGAGGGUAUUCAACAGAAUGGUGGAUGCUGGACUGAGGGUGGUUGCUAGCUUUGGUAACAGGGUGUUUGAUGAAUUGAUUAAGAAUGGUAAAGCUAUUGAUUGUGCACAAAUUUUGAGUAAAAUGGGAGAAAAAGAUCCCAAACCAGACCCUACUUGCUACGAGGUUGUAAUCAAGGGACUCUGUGGUGACGGUUUGUUGGAUAAAAGCCAAGAGAUGCUCGAUCAAGUUAUGAGGUAUGGUGUUGGGGUCACUUCUGCCUUGCGGGAAUUGGUGAUUGAGGCUUUUAAGAAUGCUGGGAGGGGUGAGGAGAUUGAGAGACUGCUAGACAUGAACAGAUUUGGAUACAGUCCUCGUCCAUCAGCCCCUAGACCUGCAUACGGUCCUCCACCGGUGAGGUCUCCUUCUCAAAUGGCAGGAGCGCAUAACCCUCCUUCUGGCCUUCCACCACAAAUGGCAGGACAGCAUCGCCCACCACCGCCUUAUGCUAAAAUGGCAGGAGUGCAUAAUCCACCUUCUGGGCCUCCAGCUCAAGUAUCAGGGCAGCAGCGCCCACCACUGCCCUCUCAAAUGACUGGAAUGCAUCAACCUUCAUGGGGAGUAUCUCCUCCAGUGACUGGGCCUCGCACUUCUGCAGCUGAACCUUCACCUCAUAUGUCAGGACAACCUUCAUGGGGAGUAUCGCCUUCAGUGAUUGGGCCUCGUUCUUAUGCAGCUGGACCUUCUCCUCAUACGUCAGGACAGCCUUACCACCCUCCAUCUGAACUUCCUCCUCAUACGCAAAGGGUAGCCCCUCAAAUGACAGCACAACAUUAUACACCAUCUGGAGCUUCACCUCAAAUGGCAGGACAUCAACCUUACGGAACACCACGUGGGCCCCAACAAAUGGCAGAUCAACCAUAUCCAUCGGCAGGAACAACUCCAAUGGCAGGGUCAUCUUUUCCAUCACAUGGAGCAUCUGCUCAAAUGACGUCGCCAUGCUAUAUUGCCCCAGGAUCAUCUUCUCAGAUGACAGGACCUUAUAACCCAUCAUCAGGAACCCCUUCUCACUUUGAUGAAUCACAUCAACAGCAAUCAGAAGUCCCUGAACAGGUAGCGGCUUGAUUUUUGGAGUUCAAGCCAGUUCUUAGUGCUACUGGUUCUCUUUUAAAUUGAGAGAGCAGAUACUCUAUCAUUUUCAUGUUAAGUGUUUUAUGAUGCUGAUUUCUGGUGUUCAGAAUCGCUAGAUGUUUGUGAGUUUAUAGAUGAUGAUACAAGAAUCUAUUUUGAUUUACUGGUCCAUAACAUGUAAUGCAUGUCUUAUACGACAUGUCAUUUUAAUUCAUUCUUGUAACUCAACCUUUAAUAUCUGGCAUAGAUAUUUAUAUUCUGUACUGUCAUUGAUAAUCUUCCAAAUUUUACCUGAAAC